AUGGCGCCAGGCCAGCCGGUGCAGGGCAGGGCGAGCCCCGCGCCGGCAGGAAAGAUGCAGGUCUCGCAAGCGGCUGCCCCAGCCAGCGGCAGGGGCUUCUCCCAAGCCCAGCUGCUGGUGCUGCGCCAGCAGAUUGUGGUGUUCAAAGCCUUGAAGCAGAAGCAGAAGCCGGAACCGGCAGCCCUGGCGCAGAUCAAGCCGCCGCCGCUGCUGCCCGCGGGGACGCUGGUGCCCGUGCCGCCGCCAAAGCCGCCGCCCGCGGCGCCCCGGCCACAGCAGCCUUCACAGUUCCGCCCGCCGGCACCAGGCAUGCUGCCGCCAGGGGUAGCAGCAGGAGCGCCCGGCAUGCUGCCGAUGAGCGCCCCCAUGGUGCGACCUGCGGGCACAAUGCCAGCUGGCAUGACGCCAGCCACCCUGGCCGCUGCGCAGCAGGCGCAAGCGGCGCAGCAGCAGGCGCAGCAGCAGGCGCAACUGGCGCAGCAGCAGCGCGCGGUGGCGCAGCAGCAGGCGCAGCAGCAGGCGCAACUGGCGCAGCAGCAGCGCGCGGCAGCGCAGCAGCAGGCGGUGCAGCAGGCAACUCAGCAGCAGCCAGCGCAGCAGCAGCAGGCCAGCAGGGCUCCCCGGCCGCAGUCGGCUCGGCACAGCGGGCAGGGUCCUGUGUACACGUUGGCGGCGGCGCCCAAGGGCGGAGUCUUCACCGCCCCAGCCCCUCAGAGCGGCUUCCUGCGGCCGCAGCAGCUGCGGUACGAUGUGGCGCCGCUGCUGCAGUACGAGUACAACCGCAUGGUGGCCAGGAAGGAAGCGGAGCGGCAGGCGCAGGUGGAUGCCACGCUCAAGGGACCGGGCCAGCAGCAGGCGGGCACAGGCUUCCGGUACAGUUCGCACCAGAUGCCCAUCGGGAGCGCGACGCUGGAGAAGCUGCGCCUCAGGCUGCAGGCCAAGCAGCUGGAGGUGCGGCGGGCGGUGCAGGCGGAGCAGGAGGAGAUCAUGCAGGAGUACCUGCACAAGCUGGCCAGCAAGAUUGCCAGCGUGAAGAUGUCGGCUGAAAUCAGCAAGGCGAUGGCGCGGGCGCAGGAGGAGGCGCGCGCAAAGGGCCUGAGCGAGGAGGAGGUGCAGGCGGCGGCGCACGCGGCCGCCGAGGAGGCCGCCGUCACCAGCGACACCAAGCGCACCGCCGCCACGCUGAUGGAUGCGCAGAGCCGCUACUACGCACUGGCGCACAGCAACACGGAGGAGGUUGUCGACCAGCCCAAGCUGCUGCGCCCGCCCGGCAACGCGCGGCUGCGCGAGUACCAGAUCGUGGGCCUGCAGUGGAUGGUCAGCCUGUACAACAACCACCUCAACGGACUGCUGGCAGACGAGAUGGGGCUGGGCAAGACCGUGCAGGUCAUGUCCCUGAUUGCCUACCUCAUGGAGAAGAAGCAGAACUUUGGGCCCCACCUCAUCAUCGUGCCCAACGCGGUGAUCGUGAACUGGAAGAGCGAGCUGACGCAGUGGCUGCCCUCGGUCCGCUGCGUGUAUUAUGUGGGGAACAAGGACGAGCGCGCGCGCAAGUAUGCUCAGGAGGUGCAGAGCCUGCAGUUUAAUGUGCUGGUCACCACCUACGAGUUCAUCAUGCGAGACAGGGCGCGCCUCAGCAAGGUCGAGUGGCAGUACAUUGUCAUCGACGAGGCGCAGCGCAUGAAGGACCGCCAGUCCAAGCUGGCGCGGGACCUGGACAAGUUCAAAGCCUCGCGCCGCCUGCUGCUGUCGGGCACGCCGCUGCAGAACGACCUUCAGGAGCUGUGGUCCCUGCUCAACCUGCUGCUGCCAGAGGUGUUUGACGACAAGAAGAUGUUUGCAGAGUGGUUUGGGGAGGCCAUAGCCUCCACCCAGGGUGCUGCGGGGGCGGAUGCUGACUGGCUGGAGAUGGAGAAGCGGGUGGUGGUCAUCCACCGCCUCCAUCAGAUCCUGGAGCCCUUCAUGCUGCGGCGCCAGGUGGAGGACGUGGAGAGCAAGCUGCCCCCCAAGGUGCCCGUGGUGGUCAAGGUGGCGAUGAGCCCCUACCAGUCAACCAUCUACGGAUGGAUCAAGGCCUCGGGCACGCUGCGCCUGGAUCCCACCGCCCCCUUCCUGGGCAAGUUCAGGCGAGAGUACGCCUCGCUCAACAACAAGUGCAUGGAGCUGCGCAAGGUGUGCAACCACCCCAUGCUCAGCUACCCGCCCGAGACGUGGGCCGUGGGGGACGCCAUCGUGCGCCAGUGCGGCAAGAUGCUGGUGCUGGACAGGCUGCUGGUGAAGAUGAAGGUCACGGGGCACAGGGUACUGCUGUUCAGUACCAUGACCAAGCUGCUGGACCUGCUGGAGGUGUACCUGCGGUGGAGGCAGCUGCCAGAGCACCUGGGAGGCGGCACCAUGCAGUACCUGCGCAUCGACGGCAGCACAGCGCUGGAGGACAGGGAGAGUGCCAUCCAGCAGUUCAACGCCAAGGACUCCCCCGCCUUCAUCUUCCUGCUCUCCAUCCGCGCCGCGGGGCGCGGCCUCAACCUGCAGUCCUCCGACACCGUUGUCAUCUACGACCCAGACCCCAACCCCAAGAACGAGGAGCAGGCCAUCGCGCGGUCCCACCGCAUUGGGCAGACCAAGGAGGUGCGGGUGAUACACCUGGAGGCUGUGGCAGACGCGCCGCGCGGCAGCGUGGUGCCCCCCAACCCUGCGGCCGUGGCGGCGGUGGCGGCCGGCAAGCGGCUGUACGGGGACAGCAUUGAGAGCCUGGUUCGCAACGAGAUCCAGCGCACCAAGAUUGAGAUGGCCAACGAAGUUAUCGACGCGGGCAGGUUUGAUCAGCAGACGAGCAUGGAGGAGCGGCGGCACACGCUGGAGGCGCUGCUGCAGGACGAGGACCGCCAGAAGCGGGCGUGCAACGUGGUGCCCACCUGGAGCGACCUGAACAGGGAGUGGGCUCGGUCGGAGGAGGAGCUGGCGCUGUUUGAGCGGCUGGACCGGGAGAUGCAGUGGUUUGAGCCCACCAGCCUGGCGGAGGUGCCGCGCUGGAUGCGCUGGGGGCCGGGCGACCUGCCGGGCGCGCAGGCGCUCAGCAGCAAGCACGCGCCAGACGUGACGGCGGAGCUGGCAGCCCUGACCGGCACCGUGCUGCACAACCACCACGCCCCGCCGGCGCAGACGCGGCACCAGCUGGCGCAGCAGCAGCAGCACUGGGAGCAGCAGCAGCAGCAGCAGCAGCAGCAUUACGCGCCGCCCGCUGCUGCGUGGGCGCGGCCGCCGGCAGCGCAGCAGCCCUCGCGGCUGGUGGCUGCGGUGCAGGCAUUGGAGCCGGAGCCCACCGUGACCACCCUCAGCAGCCUAGGCGGGGAUGAGGGUGAGGAGGUGGAGUUUGGGAACGACGAGGAGGAGGAGGUGCUGGACGAGAACAUCAACAUGGACGAUGCCGAGACGGCCUCGCAGGGCGGCGCCAGCACCAGCGCCGGCAUGCCGCGCGUACCCUCCACCGCCGCCACCGCGGCUGCCGCCGCCGCAGCAGCCGGCGGGGCGGCGGCCGUGGCUGGGUGGGAGGCGGAUGGGGCGGGCGUGGCGGCGGAGGGCUGGGAGGAGGGCGAGGAGCCGCCGCACAAGCGGCACAGGAAGGGGCUGACGGUGCACUUUGCUGAGGAUGCAGCGGAUCAGCCGUCUGCCCCCGAACCCGCCCAGCAGCAGCAGCAGGCGUCGCCGACCGGGUAG